AUGACGACCUCGGCACCCCCCACCUCGGCGACGACCUCGGUCCUGGUCGCAUCUGAGCCGAUUCCAGAGGGAACCCAGGAGGUCAAAGGAGUGGACUUCGAUAAGUUCCAGGGCCGUGAUAUCACUGUGGCCGAGCUAGUCGACAACCUGACCUCUACCGGGUUCCAGGGAAGUGCGGUGGCGGAGGCCGCCCGGAUCAUUAACGAAAUGCGUGCCUAUCGUGAACCUGAAACCGGUAAAAAGACCACCAUCUUCCUCGGCUUCACCUCCAACCUCAUCUCCUCCGGGCUUCGUGAUACCCUCCGAUACCUCGUCAAGCACAACCACGUGUCAGCGAUCGUCACCACGGCUGGCGGCGUCGAGGAGGAUCUGAUUAAGUGCCUGGCUCCGACCUACAUGGGCUCGUUCAGCACGCCCGGAGCCGGGUUGCGGGCCAAGGGUCUCAACCGGAUCGGUAACCUGCUGGUGCCGAACAAUAACUACUGCGCCUUUGAAGACUGGGUAGUCCCGAUCUUAGACCGGAUGCUGGAAGAACAAGAGGCUGCCAAGCGCAAGGCCCUGGACACUGGGGACGAGGAGGACGAGCUGCACUGGACCCCGAGCCGCAUUACCGAGCGUCUGGGCCGGGAGAUCAACAACGAAGAUUCGGUGCUGUACUGGGCCGCCCGAAACAACAUCCCUGUCUUCUGCCCGGCCUUGACUGACGGCUCGCUGGGUGACAUGCUCUACUUCCAUACCUUCAAAUCCUCGCCCCAGCGGCUCCGGGUGGAUAUUGUGGAUGAUGUGCGGCGAAUCAACACGAUGGCCGUACGGGCGGCGCGAGCGGGGAUGAUUAUCCUGGGUGGUGGAGUGGUGAAGCACCACAUUGCCAACGCGUGUCUGAUGCGCAACGGGGCUGAACAUGCCGUGUAUGUGAACACGGCCCAGGAAUUUGAUGGCAGUGAUGCAGGGGCCCGUCCUGACGAGGCCGUGAGCUGGGGCAAAAUUAAGACCGAUGCGCAGGCGGUCAAGGUCUACGCCGAGGCGACGGUGGCCUUUCCCCUCAUUGUGGCUGCCUCAUUUGCACGGGCGGAGCCUUCGCAGAAUUGA